UUCUUCUUCUUCUUCUUCUUCUUCUUCGUCUUCCCACCGACAACUGGCUACCUGAAGAAACAAACCCUAGGGUAUAGAGAGGUCUCACCUAUGGCAGGCACAUCGCUUGCAGGAUUACAAGAUCAUCUGAAAUUGGCAAGAGAAUACGCACUCGAAGGUCUCUAUGAUACUUCCGUCAUCUUCUUUGAUGGCGCCAUCGCUCAGAUCAACAAGCACUUAAGCUCCCUCGAUGAUCCGAUGGUUUGUUCAAAGUGGACAAAUGUAAAGAAAAAUCUGUUAGAGGAGACUGAAGUUGUGAAGCAAUUGGAUGCCGAGAGGAGGUCUUUGAAAGACACUCUAGUGGGUAGAAGACCUUCGUCACCUCCAAUUUCCGCUAAGAAAUCAUCGUUUGUUUUUCAACCAUUGGAUGAGUACCCAACUUCUUCGGGUGCUCCAAUGGACGAUCCUGAUGUGUGGAGACCACCGACUCGAGACACUUCAAAUAGAAGAUCUGCAAGAGCCGCUCCAGGGGGAACGAGAAAGGCAUCACAAGAUGGAGUUUGGGCUAGGGGUUCUACUACGAAAGGUGGAGCAACGGCUCGUGGAGGUAAGGUUGGUGCUUCUAGCAAGGUUAACUCGGGAGUUCGAGCAUCGACGACUGGGAAAAAAGGAACUGGUUCAGGGAAGUCGAACACUGGGAAGGAUGAUUCCGGGAAUGGUGAUACUGAAGAGGGAAAGUCAAAACGUGGGCAGUAUGAAGGGCCUGAUGCAGACUUGGCUGCAACACUGGAAAGGGAUGUCUUAGAUGCCGCCCCUGGAGUGAGAUUUGAUGAUGUUGCAGGACUGAGUGAAGCCAAAAGACUUCUAGAGGAAGCGGUGGUUCUUCCACUAUUGAUGCCUGAUUAUUUCCAGGGAAUCAGGAGACCUUGGAAAGGCGUUCUUAUGUUUGGUCCACCUGGCACCGGGAAGACACUACUGGCUAAAGCUGUUGCUACCGAGUGUGGCACCACAUUUUUUAACGUGUCUUCUGCGAGCUUGGCUUCAAAAUGGCGUGGAGAGAGUGAACGUAUGGUUCGAUGCUUGUUUGACCUCGCUAGAGCCUAUGCACCAAGCACAAUUUUCAUCGAUGAGAUUGACUCUCUUUGCACUUCCCGUGGGGCCUCGGGGGAACAUGAGUCUUCGAGGAGGGUUAAAUCUGAAGUUCUAGUUCAAGUAGAUGGUGUGAACAACACGGGAACUAAUGAAGAUGGCAGUCGCAAAAUCGUGAUGGUUUUGGCUGCUACCAAUUUCCCAUGGGAUAUAGAUGAAGCACUAAGGCGACGUCUGGAAAAGCGAAUUUAUAUUCCUCUGCCUAAUCUCGAGAGUAGGAAAGAGCUUAUAAAGAUUAAUUUGAGAACUGUCGAGGUAGCUAGUGACGUGGACAUUGAGGAGGUAGCUCGUCGAACAGAGGGGUAUAGUGGUGACGAUCUAACAAACGUAUGCCGAGAUGCUUCGUUGAACGGGAUGCGGCGUAAAAUAGCAGGAAAAACACGAGAAGAAAUAAAAAACAUGUCGAAAGAUGACAUCUCAAACGAUCCAAUCGCCAUGUGUGACUUUGAAGAAGCAAUCACAAAGGUUCAGCCAAGUGUAUCUGCUGCUGAUAUCGAACGCCAUGAGAAAUGGUUUGCAGAAUUUGGAUCUGCAUAACUGAGUCGACUCAGCCAACUUUUUCGUUUGAGUAAAUUACGUUUUUUGUCCACGUGGUUUGUUAAAAAUUGCGAUUUUCUUCCCCGUGGUUUCGAAAUUGUGAUUUCCGGUCCCUAUGGUUUAUAAUUCAUGAGAUUUUUAGGUACAUAACCUUAAACGAGAUUUUAGUUAAAUCCAUAACUUUCUCAUGAGUAUAAACCCAUUCUUUCUUAUAUAGCCAAAAGGUCAUGAUUUAAUUAAAAACCCAUUUAAGGUCAUUUACUAAAUGACUCAUAAUUCGUUGUUAUUUUGUUUUUAUGAUUUACAAUUUAUUAUUGUUUCGGUCCCUAUAGUUUACAAUUCUUUACUAUUUUGGUUCCUUGUACUUAAAGAUAAGAAUUAGCCUAGGGACGAAAGUAACAAUAAAUUAUAAAACAUAGGAAUGAAAAUCACAAUUUUUAAACCACAGGGAUGAAAAUUGCAAUUUCUAAGAAACCAUUGGGAUGGAAUCGUAAUUUACUCUCUUUGUUUUGUUUCUCUUUUUCGUGUGAGAAAUUCCUUCUUGUAUUUGUGCUUUUGAAGUAUUUGAUAUUUAUGUACGAUAAAUACCGACCUUUGUUGAA